GGGGUUGAGGCUCCUCCAGAUCCACCCGGACCCGAAGCGCCUCUAGUGUAGAGACGUCUCUAGUCGUCUACAGGCGCCGAGACAGAGGGAGGGCGCUGCCAUUAAAACACCAACGUCUCCAUUCACUGACCUGGACCUCUUCCUCUCUCAGUUUCACUAUCUUCAUACCUUUUAAUACCUCUUCACCUGCUUCAAGUAACCUCCGUUUACUCUCUUUUGCUUGCUAUUAUAUACACUCUCGCUCAGGUAUAUACCUAGACCUAUUACACAUACAACUUACAAGUGGUCGUCACUCCAUCGCUCAAGACACCUCUUGAUAACAACUCAACACCUUGAGAUUGAAACAUACGACAAGCAUACAACAGCAAUCACACAUCACAAAUACACGAUACAAUGUUCUCAAAAGCUUUCACUACUGCCGCCAUGGCUCUUGCCUGUGCUGGUAUGGUUUCUGCUCAGACCUUCACUGACUGCAACCCAUUGAAGAAGACUUGCCCCGCUGAUCCUGCCUUUGGCGAUAACGAGGUCGACUGCGACUUGGCCAAGGGCGCAUGUGAUGCCUUCCACGGCAUGAUUGGAACCGAACUCAAGUACAGCGACCGUGGUGCUCUAUUCCGCAUCAACAAGGAGUCCGAUGCUCCUACAAUUCGAUCCGAUAACUACCUCUUCUUUGGUCGUGUCGAUGUUGUUGUCCAGGCUGCUAAGGGCCAGGGUAUCGUUACCUCCGCCGUUCUCCAGUCUGAUGACCUCGACGAGGUUGACUGGGAGUGGGUUGGAGGCGAUGAUGCUCAAGUGCAGUCCAAUUACUUCAGCAAGGGCGACACUACCACAUACGACCGUGCUCAGUACCAUCCCGUCGCUGCUCCUCUUACCACUACUCACAAGUACUCCAUUGAGUGGACCUCCACCAAGAUUGACUGGCUCAUUGACGAUGCCGUUGUCCGAACUCUGAACGCUGCCGAUGCUCAGGGCGUCAAUGGUUUCCCUCAGACUCCUAUGCAGGUCAAGCUUGGUACUUGGGUUGCUGGUGGAAAGAACAGCAACGAAGGUACCCGAGAGUGGGCUGGUGGCUACACUGACUUCGACGAUGCUCCCUUUGAUGCCUACUACCGUAGCGUGACCAUCAUUGACUACGCUGGAAAGGACGCUCCUGGCCAGAACAAGGGCGCUAAGCAGUACGUCUACACUGACAAGACCGGUGACUGGACCAGCAUCAAGGUUGAGAAGACCUCUUCCGACGACGACAAGACCAGCACCAGCACCACCGUCUCCAAGGUUUCCAAGACCACUAAGACUGCCGAGCCUACCAAGACCAAGACUGCUGAGGCCACCACCUCCGCAGUUGAGACCACCAGCGCUCACGAGUCCAAGACCAAGUCCGCUGAGAAGGAGUCCAAGACUGAGUCUGCCAAGGAGACCAAGACCUCUGAGGUCGCUACUACCUUUGCCACAGCCACCAGCACCAAGGCCGAGGCUACUGCCACAGCCACUGAGGGUUCCGGUUCCAGCUCUGGUUCCGGAUCCGAGUCUGAUGCUGGUGCCGGAGCUGCCACAGCCACAGGCUCUGGUGCUUCACCCUCUGAGCCCGCCACCACUCCCGUUCCUGUCAACUCUGGCUCUCGCAUGGCCGGUAGCGUCGUUGCCGCCUUCGCUGGCCUCAUGGUUGCCCAGAUCCUCAUCUAGAUCUUCACUUCUGCUUCUACAAUUACUUCUUUCGGGGUCACUGUAAGCAUGUAGAGUUGUGAAACCUACAUGCGGAAAGCAGACCAUUCUAAUUACCUUACUUCGAGUCGAUCCUUACAUGCUUGCCAAGGCAACCCAACCUUUUCAUCACUCGGAAGUAUUUUUUGGAAUGAGGGCGACUUCAUGACAAAGAAAGAGACGGGCAAAGGAAAAAAAAACGCUAGAAAAAUCAUAACAAAAACAACACACAUGGGAAAAGGGCUCUUGGCAAGCAAACAUCACGUUUUUGAACAACAAACCUAGCGAUUUUUAAUGAGGACCUGCUCUCUUGAGCCCGCCGAGACGGACCAAACUUGGCUUCAAGCCAAGCGUCUUGGCCCAAUUUCCCCUUCUUGCUUGGGAGGGGAGAUAUGCACAGGGCAUAUGAUGGAUGAGCUUGUGAUUUUUUGUAUGAAAGCUUCAACUAGAGAUGGACUAUGACACAUUGACAGAGGAAGACAUGGCUUGGAUGAAUUACUACUUUGGAUUGGAUUGGAUGACGCAUUGCAUAUUAUUAGAUGCCACUUUUUACGCACGAUACCUUUUGCAGAUAGAAUCUGUUCUUGAAUGGAAUAGAAGCAGCACAUUUUGCUGAAAACA